UACAUUUUUGAGUCUGGCCGAAACAUUUUUGUUUACUUCCCAUGUCCGCAAAUUAAAAGCAUGUCGCAGACAGAUAUUGAUAAAAGCAUCGAAGUAAUUAUUAAAACAGAGGAGUUGGCUGACAAGAUAUUGGCCAAUAAGCAUGAGUUGACGGUCAUGGACAAAAGGCGCCAGGAGGCGAGGGAGGCCCUGCGUCUAAUGGAAAAGUCAGAGCAACAAAAGGUCUGGAUCACAAUUGGAUCCUUGUUGGUCAAGAUGCCAAAAGAAAAGGCAGUAGAGCUCCUUAAAAAAGAUCAACAGCAGGUUGAGCAGCAAAUCAGUAUGAUCUACUCGGACCAAAAAAUCCUGGUCAACAAACACCGCGACCUGGAGUUCAAGGCACCCUUCUCAGGCACGCACCUGAAGCCACUUGAGCAAAAGGAGUUCGACGCUCUUAAAGCCAAUCUUCCACUUCUGUAGAAUGUUUAAAUAAUAUGAAGCAUUAUAGUUUUUAAA